AGAGCAAAUCCGUAAGCCUCCACCGCCCAACCAACCCCUGGUUAAGAAUGUAAGGUACUGCAAUUCAAAGGGACUCUUUUGAAUUGUAUCCAAGUCAAAAAAACGAAAUUCAAAUGACGUGUAGUACAUGCUUCAAAAAGUAGUACACAUCUUAAAGAAGGAAGAUGCAAUCGAGGAAAAUGCAAACACAAAAAGACAAAUUCCAAACCCACCAAAACCCAAUUAAAAAAGCCAAAAGAAGUCUUCAAAUAUUUCAUUUUGAAGAGUAUAGAGGAGAAGCAGAGAGAGUUGAGAAAAUGGAAGGUCUAAUCCCUCUGGUCUGCAAGACCUAUAAGAAGAACCAGACUCGCCGGAAAUACAAAUGUCUCUCCUCCUCCGCUGCCACUCAAGACUACAACAUCGCAGAUUUCUAUCCCCAAGGAUUCAACUACCAGUACUCAACACCCCAGAUGGAAAUCAAGACUAUAACCACUGCCGUUAGCAGCCAGCACCACCACCUUCGACACAGUAAGUCCUUACGCGAGUAUUCAAGUGGGUUUUCGGCAGCAGGGGAUCAGGAUAUGGUGAUCAUGAAGCCCAAGCAGCUGGUCCGCUUUCGGAGCCAUAGAUUCUUCUCUUGUGUAACUGGUGGUGCCUAAAACUGCAUGCCAAUCCACUCUAUCUCUUGUUUCGUGUUGUGUGUGACAUCAAAUGUUAUAUAUCAAACAUACUACACAUAAUGUUCUCUUUUGUAGAUAGUUUUCUGUUUUGGGCGAGGUUUAUUGCUUUUCGAAAAACAGUAGUAUUUGUCUA